GAUGACCAGUUCUCGUCAACAACAUUCUCUCCUUCGCUGUGGCCCACUAUUUCUCCUGUGACGAAUGCGAGCUCCGAUCACUUCGGAUAUAACUGGGGCACGUCGACCACUGCAGUGGACACGAGCCUGCCACCUUCUAGGAUGAAGUACAGGCCUUUGUCGUGGCGGACCACAUUAUGUAGACACUUCUUGAAGAGUCGUGGUUGGUGCCCUCUAGGCGAGGACUGUAACUAUAUACACGAUCUCACGCUGGCAGAAUUCGCGAAGAAUGACGUGCGGUUCUCACGUCGGGGUCCAUCGUCGACGGCAACCGCGAAGCGCAACGAACGCGGUAAGGCCGGUAGUAAACAUAGCCACUGCUGGGCCUACAUCCAGGGCCUGUGCCACGUCCAAGACUGCCAAUAUCUGCAUCCGGUUGCGGCUCAUAUGUUUGCAGCGCACACACCCUGCCUUGCUUGGCCUAACUGCCGUCGAGGACCGCUUUGCCCAUAUAAGCAUCCCGAGCCGUACAUCUCCAGCUCGCCUCAAGCAUCACCCGUCCAGCAUUAUACGGCCAUCCACCCUCCUCCUUCGCAGCCUGAUACUGUUCCUCGCGGAGCGAUGCUGCACAACGGUAUGUUCUACUUCAACGUUGGGCAGCCGCAGCCGAUGGCCCCCUCUAUCCCCCAGCCUCCCGCGCCCCCACUGUCCGGACCACAGCCACCCGUGGUUUUCACGAACCCUUGGGAGACAUGGCCAAUACCUUUCACGCCCCCCGCGGGCAUGACAUUUACGCCUUUCGCCUUCAACCCCCCGACGUGGCAGGGAGUCGUGCCAGUGGGCCUGGCGGACUCGGGCGCCGGUCAACAACCUAUGUUCUCCCCUGUUGCUGGACCUCAGCCUACGUUCGACCUCGCGUUCGGAGAACCUCGGCCAAGGCAGUCCAUGGAACGACCGCCGAAUCACCCCUUCCGUCCAGCGGAGGUGUCCGCAACGCAGAGGACGUCUUCAUUUUCCGUCGCAGCGGCCCCUCCUGCACCUGAAACCGAGUUUCCGUACGUGCCGCCGAAGAACCAGCGCGUGGGACACGCGCGGCGAGUGAGUGUCACCAUCAAGAGUAAAGAGGACCUCGACGCGCUCGGGCUAGACAGCAGCAGCUCUCACGGGAGGCUGCCGUGGCAGACACACGCUGACCGUGUCGCGCGCAGAAGCUGGGCGCCGUCGUCGUCGUCCUUCCGCACCGCCCAAGCAACUCCACCGCCGGUCCUCUAUGGCUUGUAAAUGAUAGCACGUAUAGCGUGCGUUAAGCGGUGUUCGUCGUCUCGCCAUCGUCACAUUCCACCGCCUUGGUCCCUUCUGCCUUAUCAAUCUCACUGGGCGGAAUUGGACACUAGUCAUCGUUAUCUCCAACCUACGAUCCCUCUGCUCCCAUCUACAACGUUCCCACCUGGAUAUUCGGAUACCAUAAUAGCGUUACAACGUUCCUCACGCCCUCAUCUGAUACACGCCGUUAUGAUGUUCUUAACGAACCUCCCGUCCAUUCCUUGUUGACCUACUCUCUUUCCUCAGCCUGCUAUGCGCGCGUUUCCUUUCGGAAUAAACCGUCCUCCCGUACAUCAGAUCAUCUCAUGGACUCUGCAAUCUGCAAUUGUACUAGUUGCAUCCUGUUGUUGUACCCGUCAUUCAUUGUACAAUUGCGCACCACUGUUGCAUACCAUUCCAAUGAUACCUCA